CAGACUAAAGCCAUUAACGAUAUCAACUUCAAACGUCGCACAGACAUCGAACGAAGUCACUUUAUAAUGAAAAGAAAACAAUGCAUCGCUGCUUAAUCGAGAGGCAACUGAUGCGCAACUGAAAGUCAGAUGCGCAUUUAUAUGGAAUUUACUUACGUACAUACAGUGCGAGGAUGAGCGUGCUGCAAAGAAGAGAACGUGAAAUGAACGCAUGUCUGCUCUCAUCCGCGGACGAUUCUGUGAUUCAGAGCAAUAAUAACAGAGUGUGUGUUAUCGGAUUCGCGAGUCCGACCGACUGCCGCACGUUUCGGAUUGCAAAUCACGAGUACGUGCAAUUUCGUUCAGCGUUCACGCACGUCACGCAUCUCGCAUCUCCCUCCGCGCGUUCCUCCCUUCACGAAGAACACGAAGAGGAUACCGCGUGACGUGCUGCAGCGAUCGCAGUGCCGUAUCGAAUACGGUAGUUUUUAGUGCUGACGCAAUCGAACGACGUCCCACGUUGUGUACAAGCAGAGGUUUGUACCGGACUCAUUACGUUAGCCGCUAACGAGCUCUCGUUUACCAUCUAGUCUGCGAUCGGAGAAGUUACUUGGGAUUGCUACGGGAAACGUGUAAUUGGGCCAAAUGGAUCGGGCCAAAGGACGAACCUCGAUGGGUAAUUGUCGUAUCCGAAAGCUUGGUGUUUGCGUGAGCGUGGUUAUACUCGGAACCUUCAUCGCUUGUAUGAUGUUAGCGUACACGGCGUUUGCAUCUCUGGUUACCGAACGUGACACGUUACAGCAGGUGGUUUUUCUGUUUCGUCAUGGCGACCGAACUCCUACAGAGACCUAUCCUAAGGACCCUUAUAUAAAUUACGAUUGGUCCGGUGGCUGGGGCUCUUUGACCAAGAAAGGAAUGCGUCAACUGUAUAACAUGGGUCAAUGGAUACGCUUAAAAUACGGCCCUAUAAUCGGUCGUAAAUUCAAGAGCACAGCCACGCUGGUACGUAGCAGCUACGUGGAUCGGUGCGUCAUGUCGGCACUGGCAUUACUCGCCGGAUUGUUCACACCAAGUCCCGAGGACAUGUUCGUGCCCGGUUUGACAUGGACUCCCGUUCCUGUACACUCGAUACCACGGGAAUUAGACAAGCUGAUUUUGAUGAAGGCACCAUGUCCAAAGCUAGAGGCGGCUCUAAAACAGGCGUAUAUAGAGGAAGAAAAAAAAUCGGACGAGAAUAUGGCCGAGUAUUAUAAGGAACUAACAAAGCACACCGGACAGAAUAUGAGCACGAUCACCGACGUCGAGUUUCUUUACAAUACCCUCGAGAUCGAAGAGCAACACGAUUUACAGCUUCCAGCAUGGACGCAGAAUUUUUACAACGACAAGAUGCGCGAAAUAGCCGCUCGUAGCCUCGCAAUCUUCACCGAGGGCACUGUCCAAAAACGUCUUCGUGGAGGCCCACUGCUAAAAGAGAUUUUACAUCAUAUGGAAGAGAGUAAAGACAAUCCCAAGUCGAAACGAUCUUAUUUUUAUUCCGCUCACGACAUAACUAUCGUUAACGUGAUGAGGACAAUGGGUUUCACGAAUGAGCUUCUUAAACCAGAUUACGGGGCGAUGAUCAUAUUGGAGCUACACUUCACCAAUAAUGGAGCCGAUCAAGAAGUAAAGGCGCUGUAUUUGAAUAAUACGGAAAUGGACAGCGCGCAUCGUUUGGAAAUUCCUAACUGCGCGAGUCCUUGCCUAUUGCAAAACCUGAAGCAAGUGUGGCACGAAGUGAUUCCGGACGAUUGGGACGCAGAAUGUAGACUCGAAAGAGAAAAUUUUUUAAAUCUCACGCUCUUGGAUAGAGAUACAGUUAUUGCUCCGAUGCCAUUUAAAUCGAAAGGGCAAGUGUAUAGCUUAAAGAACCAUCAAGAGAAAUCCGCGCUCGCCCUCGCGUCCGUCGCGCUCUGUCAAGCGCACCCGUUCAUCCUUGACCGGCGGAUACGAGCAAAGAUUAUCAACAUGUUUAGCUGGCUGAAUCGCGAAGAGAAUAGCAAGCAAGAUCUCUUCGAAAAUGUCACCGAAGGCCUUAAGAGGAUAUACAAAUCCAAGUUGUUGCCACUGGAACAGUAUUAUCAGUUCCAUGACUUUCAUUCGCCACAGCUGGAUGAUCCAGACUUUGAUGCAAAACCCAUGAUUCUCCUAGUUGGACAAUAUUCCACUGGCAAAACUACGUUUAUCAAAUAUCUGUUAGAAAGAGAGUUUCCUGGUAUCAGAAUCGGACCAGAGCCUACUACGGAUCGAUUUAUCGCUGUCAUGUACGAUGAAAAGGAAGGAGUCAUUCCUGGAAAUGCCUUGGUCGUAGAUCCAAACAAACAGUUCAGGCCACUUUCAAAAUUCGGCAAUGCAUUCUUGAACAGAUUUCAGUGUUCCACUGUAGCAUCGCCUGUUUUGAAAGGCAUAUCUAUAGUAGAUACGCCUGGUAUAUUAUCUGGUGAGAAACAAAGAGUUGACAGAGGCUAUGACUUUACUGGUGUUUUAGAAUGGUUCGCUGAACGUGUAGAUAGGAUUAUCUUGUUGUUUGAUGCUCAUAAGCUCGAUAUCUCAGAUGAAUUCCGCAGAUCUAUCGAGGCCUUACGUGGACACGAUGAUAAAAUUAGAAUUGUUCUUAAUAAAGCUGACAUGAUAGAUCAUCAACAGCUCAUGAGAGUAUAUGGUGCUCUAAUGUGGUCGUUAGGAAAGGUAUUACAAACUCCAGAAGUAGCUAGAGUUUAUAUUGGCUCAUUUUGGGAUCAGCCAUUAAGAUAUGAUGUUAAUAGAAGACUAUUUGAAGAUGAAGAACAAGAUUUAUUCAGAGACAUGCAGUCGCUUCCAAGAAAUGCUGCGUUAAGAAAACUCAAUGACUUAAUUAAACGAGCACGCUUAGCAAAAGUACACGCAUACAUAAUAAGCGCCUUACGGAAAGAUAUGCCGAGUAUGUUUGGUAAGGAUACUAAGAAAAAAGAACUGAUAAAAAAUUUGGGCCAGAUUUACGAUCAAAUUCAAAGGGAGCAACAGAUUUCACCUGGUGAUUUUCCGGAUCUAAAGAAGAUGCAAGAGAGCUUAGCACAUCACGAUUUUAAUAAAUUUAAUCCCCUGAAGCCUAAGUUAUUAGAAAUAGUGGAUAAAAUGCUCGCCGAAGAUAUCGCAAAGCUUAUGGCUAUGAUACCACAUGAAGAAGUCACCACUAUUUCGGAACCACUUAUUAAAGGAGGAGCAUUUGAAGGUGUAGAAGAUCAAGUUAGUCCAUUUGGAUAUAAAAGAGGAGAAGGAAUUGAUGCGGGUGCAGGUGAACCAGAAUGGAUUGUUAAUAAGGAAAGAUAUAAAUAUGAUAGCAUCUUUGAAUCACUUGGACCACAAGAUGGAAAAAUUACAGGAGCAGCGGCCAAAUCAGAAAUGGUCAAGUCCAAAUUGCCAAACAGCGUGCUUGGAAAGAUUUGGAAACUUUCAGACAUUAAUAAAGAUGGAUUCUUAGACUCUGACGAAUUUGCCUUAGCUAUGCAUCUAAUUAAUAUAAAGCUCGAAGGAUACGAUUUACCGCCUGAGCUACCAGAACAUUUAAUACCACCAUCGAAACGUGACACAUAAUAUACGUUUUUUGUAUUAUAAUUUAUCACAAUGGUUCACAAAUGGUUAACAACAUUUAGAACCACGAAACGGUGGAUAUUAACACGACUUAUUAGUCGUGCGUUAAUGCCAGCAAUUUACAGG